UCUCGCUUUGCCCGCCAUGCUGCGUCAACUGCCGCGUCUCCUGCCCCGCCUCGCGCGGCCCACUCCGCUCGCCGCCCGCACAUUCACCUCCUACUCAGCCCCUCUCGCCGGCCUGACGCCCGACCAGGCCGAGCUGCGCGAGGCCGUCGCAGACUGGGCGCAGUCCGUCGUCGCGCCCCUCGCGGCGCAGAUUGACCGGGAGAACAAGGCGCCGAUGGAUCUGUGGACCAAGCUCGGCGACAUGGGCCUGCACGGCAUUACUGUCCCGGAGGACGAGGGCGGGCUGGGCAAGGGCUACUUUGAGCAUUGUGUGGUGAUGGAGGAGAUCUCGCGCGCCUCGGCCUCCGUCGGCCUCUCGUACGGCGCGCACUCCAAUCUCUGCAUCAACCAGAUCGCACGGCACGGCACCAAGGCGCAGAAGGCCAAGUAUCUGCCCGAGCUGCUUGCGGGCACCAAGGUGGGCUCGCUGGCCAUGUCGGAGCCGGGCGCCGGCAGCGAUGUCGUGUCGAUGCGCACGACGGCGAAGAAGAAUGAUUCGGGCGACUGGGUGCUGAAUGGCGGCAAGUUCUGGAUCACCAACGGGCCCAUCUCCUCGACCUUUGUCAUCUACGCCAAGACGGACCCGAACGCGGGGCCGCGAGGCAUCACGGCCUUCAUAGUCGACCGCGACACGCCCGGCUUCACGACGGCGCAGAAGCUCGACAAGGUGGGCAUGCGCGGCAGCGAGACGUGUGAACUCGUGUUUGAGGAUGUCGUGGUGCCUGGCGACAACGUGCUGGGAACGGUCAACAAGGGCGUCAAUGUGCUCAUGUCCGGUCUGGAUCUCGAGCGUCUCGUCCUGUCCGGUGGGCCAUUGGGACUGAUGCAGGCAGCAUGCGACUACGCCAUCAAGUACACGCACGAGCGGGAACAGUUCGGCCAGAAGGUGGCAGAGUUCCAGCUCAUGCAGGGCAAGAUUGCCGACAUGUACACGAACAUGUCGGCUGCCCGGGCAUACGUGUACGCGGUGGGACGCGCGUGUGAUGCGGGCCAGAUCAGCCGGAGAGACUGCGCCGGCGCCAUUCUUCUCUCCUCGGACGCAGCCGUGGAGGUGACCACCGAGGCGAUGCAAUCUCUCGGCGGCAACGGCUACAUCAACGAGUAUCCCGUCGGGCGCUACCUGCGCGACGCACGCCUGUAUACCGUCGGCGCCGGCACGCAGGAGAUUCGCCGCUUCCUGAUCGCGAGGGAAGAGAAGUGA